AUGAGUCACAAGCCUUAUAGAUUGAGGUGCACGCUGUUUGGGCAUGAAAAAGAUGUGAGGGGUUUGUGUAGUUUGUACCAUCCUCCAUCCAGCUUCAUUUCAGUAUCUAGAGAUAUCACAGCCAGAGUCUGGGUCUCUGAUGAAUCGACAUCUAUGUAUCGUGAGGGAAUGUCGAUGGGGGGCCAUGAGAACUUCAUAUCAUGCGUGUGCACCCUGCCGCCAGAUGAUGAGUAUCCACAUGGAGUCAUAUUGACAGGUAGCAAUGACCACACCAUCAAUGGAUACACAAUCGAUUCACCAGCUCCUGUCUUCAAAUUAACUGGCCACACAAAUACAGUCUGCGCAUUAGCAGCUGGAAAAUUUGGAACUUUUAUUAGUGGAUCUUGGGAUAAUACUGCCAAAGUUUGGUUUAAACAAAAGAAUGUUUUGACUUUAGAAGGUCACGAAGCGGCAGUCUGGACGGUUGCUGUUGUCCCGGUCAGUGGUCACAUGAUCACUGGGUCAGCUGACAAAACAAUUAGAAUUUGGAAAGCCGGAAAAGUUGAGAAUGUUAUUACAGGUAGUCACACGGAUUGCAUAAGAUGCAUAGUAACCCUUGAUCCUAACCAUUUUGCAUCAAGUAGCAACGAUACAACAGUUCGCUUGUGGGACAUGUCUGGGAACUGUCUCAAUGUGCUAACAGGUCACACAAGUUUUGUUUAUUCCAUUGCUUUCUUGUCUGCUAACUUUGAAUUGGUGAGUGGAGGAGAAGAUAGGAGCAUAAGAAUUUGGAAGGAUGGGCAGUGUGUGCAAACUAUAUUUCAUCCUGCACAGUCGGUGUGGUGUGUCUCUGUUCUUGCCAACGGAGAUAUUGUCACAGGAUCUAGUGACGGAGUGGUGAGAAUGUUUACCCAAGAACCAUCUCGAAUGGCUGAUGAUGAGAUGCUCAAUGCUUACGAACAAUCCAUCACAAAAUGUUCGCUUCCUGCUCAAAUUGGAGAUAUAAAAACGGAUGAUCUUCCCGGACCUGAUGCUCUUAACAUUCCUGGCAAGAAAGAAGGACAGAUACAGAUGAUAAAGCGAAUGGACGUUGUGGAGGCAUAUCAGUGGAGUCAGUCAGAUGAUGAGUGGAUCAAAGUAGGAGAUGUGGUAGGAGGUGGUUCAAAUGAACAGUCAGAUAAAAAGAAGGACUACGAAGGAAAGGUCUUAGCAUUUGAUUAUGUGGCUCCGUCUAAACGCCUUUUAAUAAUAUCUCUUAAGCUGCCUUACAACAAAAAUGAUGACCCAUACAUGGCGGCUCACAAAUUCCUCGACAAGAACAAUCUCAGUCCUUUGUUUCUCGAUGAAGUCGUACAAUUCAUCCAGCAGCAGACUAGUUCUGCUACAUUGGGCGAGCAAAUAGGCAACUACGUUGAUCCAUAUACAGGUGCAUCUCGAUACAUGGCAGGGACUGGAGAGACAGUCGCCCCAUCAGUAGGCGAUCCUUUCACUGGGUCCAGUCGAUACUUACCGGGUGCAGCUUAUCAAACAUCACUGCCAGGUCUGCUGCGUUCAUGUGCUCAGAAUGAUUUUUCACACAGCAAACCGAAAUCUAACGUUGAAGACUCUGUUGCCUACUUUCCUGAGAAAAAUUUCAUAAAAUUUGAGCAAAUCAAUACCCAAGCAAUGUUAAGCAAAUUGCAAGAAUUCAAUGAACAAGUGGAUGAAGAUAAUAAAAUGAAAAGUCAUGAGUUUGAGCAAAUCAAGAAAUUAUUGUCUGGUGGUUCAUUUGACGUUUCAAGCUUUUUCCAUGCUAUUGAUAAGAUGCUUUUCUGGCCAUGCGGUUUAUUGCUGCCUGUACUCGAUAUUCUGCGUUUUUCAUUUCUUGAUUCUAGCUUCAACCAUCAUUUUUUUAUGAAUCAAAUGAAUUCGGAACCUGAGAUGAACAUCAUAUAUUAUGCAAAGUCUAUCCUGGUUCCAAAUGGAUUAAUCAAAAAUCAGUUCAUGAUUUUAAGGACUCUGUGCAAUGCUUUUGCACACGAAACUGGAAAACAUUACAUCGUACAGAAUAUUGAUUUGUUGCAGAAAAAUCUUUUCAUCGUGUCCGAAACAAAUGAUAAAUCUAUGCAAGUGGCAUUAGCAUCCCUAUGUGUCAACCUUUCAGUAUUUUACAACACCUCACAAGAUGACGUUCAAAAAACCACCUUGCUAUCGUUGAUACAGGAGUUAAUGAUGAAUGUUACAGACGAAGAGGCUUACUUUCGGUUCGCAGUUGCGAUCGGAACAAUUAUUAAAGGUAAUGAUGUUAUGUUGGCAGCUGCCAAAUCUUUGCACUUUUAUGAUGUAUUGAGAAAUCACACAUGUCCCAAAAACGCCAAACUAGAUAAGACUAAAAGAUGCUACGAUGCUUUGCUUUCGUUAUUAAAAUAA